AUGCAGUUCAAAGAAGUCUUCCCUCGUUUUCAAGAUCGAGAACCAAGCUAUACAACUCUUCUAGAUGAUGAUGACUGGGAAAAGGUUGAAAAAGUUUCCAAGUUGCUAGAGGUAUUUAAUGUUGUUACAAAUAUUAUUUCAGGUAGUGAAUAUCCAACUGCUAACUUAUAUCUUGCUGAGGUAUUUCGAAUCAAACUAGUUUUAGAUCAAGCUAUCCAAGAUGAAUCUGAUUUUAUGAAAGAAAUGGCAAAAGCGAUGAAGGGAAAAUUUGACAAAUAUUGGAGCCAAUGUAAUCUUGUUAUGUCGCUUGCUUCUGUUUUGGACCCUAGGAUCAAAAUGAUGGGUGUUAACAUGUGUUUUCCCUUAAUUUAUCCGGAAGUUGAAGCUAGAAAAAAUAUAGAAAAUGUGCGUAUCGCGCUUGAUGAUAUGUACGAAGAGUAUGCUGAUAUACUUAGUGAGCAUAGUGAAGAAGGAUCUAGUAGAAGUGGUGUUGAUCAAAAUGGGCUUAUUUUGGAGUCACAAAAAUCCUCAAGGUGGUCAUUGUUAAUGAAUUAUGUCGAAGAACAACAAGCAAUUCCUGCUGUAAAAUCUGAAAUUGAAGAGUAUUUGAAUGAGCCAACUUACAAACCUAAAGAUAACGGCCAUAUGUCAUUUUGUGCCUUGGAAUGGUGGAAAUUGAAUUGUGGAAAAUAUAUAGUGUUGUCCCAUAUGGCAGCAGAUAUUCUUGCCAUUCCAAUAUCUACUGUGGCUUCGGAGUCAACCUUUAGCGCCGGAGGGAGAGUUAUCGAUUCAUUUCGAGCUUCUUUAAGUUCAUCUACUAUCGAAGCUUUAAUUUGUGGUGGUGAUCGGCUUCGAAUAUUGCAUGGAAUUAGGAACAAACCUAAGGUGGAGCAAGUGCAAACAGAAAUUACAUUACUCCCUUGA